AGAGGAGAGGUCAAGGCUUGACCCUCCUCUCGCCGUCCUCUAAACAACCCUGGCCAGGUUGGGGGCCCUGUCUGUCCACGUGCGUGCGUCUGUCCACACAUUAGUGUGCAGUGACCCCAGUUAACACGUGUGAACACACACGCUCACAUGCAUACGCUUGUGGCCAGAGACGAACACAGGCGAAUGGGUGCACGCACCCUGGGAAGACCAGGGGCCGGGCUGGCUAGAGACUUGCAGGAGCCUGGGACCCAGAAGGACUCUGCGUGAUGCAGGUCGGGAGCGCGGGGGCGCCAGCUCAGGAGUGAUCUUCGUCGGCACCCCGCUUCCACUCUCGCUGCCCUCUGGGCUCUGGGCAGCUGCUGGGGCGCUCCUCGAUCCUCGCCCGCUUCUCUGAAAGAAGGACCUCCUCCCAGGUUUUGCGGCCGCGCCUUCUCCUCCCCCGCCCGGCUCCAGCGCUCUCUCACUGGCUCCCUCCCUCUCUCCCUCUGUCCCUCCCCCCUCCCUGGCUCGCUGCUCUCUCCUCUCGCUCCCUCCCCACGCCGCGGCAGAGCGCGGAGCCCGAGCGGGAGCCGGCGCGGGAGCCGGAGCGGGCGGCAGCGCAGGAGGCGGCCGGACCUGGACCCGUUCGGGUCCCGGAGCGCGCGGAGUCCCCAUCCGCGCCGCUCGGGCCCCUCUCCCGAUGCGGGGCUCUGAGCAGCAUGCGCGGCAGCUGCCCACCCGCCCCAGCCCUGGCCCCGGCCCCGCUACGGAGAGCGCCCGGCCUCGACCCCGGCCCCAGCGGUAGAGGCGGCGGCGGCCGCUCCCGGCCGGCCCGAGGGACAGAGCCAGGCUCCCGGAGCCCGCGCCAAGCGUCCUGAGCGCGCCCGCUCCUCUGUCCGCCGCGGCCGCAGCCUCCGCCCCCGACUGCCCUAGGGCCGGCUGGGUUCCUGCCCGCGUGGGACAGACAGACGGACGGCCAGCCCUGCGAGGGCGCGCGGACCGGGCGGAGGUGUUGGAGGAGGAGACGGAGGAGGGGGGCUGGGCUGGGGCUGGGGCCGCGCCGGCAAAAGAGACAUGCGAUUGGUGACCGAGCCGAGCGGACGGACAGCGCGCCCGAGAUGCAGGUGAGCGAAAGGAUGCUGGCAGGGGGUGUGGGAAGCAUGCCCAGCCCCCUCCUGGCCUGCUGGCAGCCCAUCCUCCUGCUGGUACUGGGCUCUGUGCUGUCAGGCUCUGCCACGGGCUGCCCGCCCCGCUGUGAGUGUUCGGCGCAGGACCGAGCCGUGCUCUGCCACCGCAAGCGCUUCGUGGCUGUGCCCGAAGGCAUCCCCACCGAGACUCGCCUGCUGGACCUGGGCAAAAACCGCAUCAAGACGCUCAACCAGGACGAGUUUGCCAGCUUCCCACACCUGGAGGAGCUGGAGCUCAAUGAGAACAUCGUGAGCGCCGUGGAGCCAGGGGCCUUCAACAACCUCUUCAACCUGAGGACGCUGGGGCUGCGGAGCAACCGCCUGAAGCUCAUCCCGCUGGGCGUCUUCACCGGCCUCAGCAACCUGACCAAGCUGGACAUCAGUGAGAACAAGAUCGUCAUCCUUCUAGACUACAUGUUCCAAGACCUGUACAACCUCAAGUCGCUGGAGGUCGGCGACAACGACCUUGUCUACAUCUCCCACCGAGCCUUCAGCGGCCUCAACAGCCUGGAACAGCUGACGCUGGAGAAAUGUAAUCUGACCUCCAUCCCCACUGAGGCACUUUCCCACCUGCAUGGCCUCAUCGUCCUGCGGCUACGCCAUCUCAACAUCAAUGCCAUCAGGGACUACUCCUUCAAGAGGCUGUACCGCCUCAAGGUCUUGGAGAUCUCCCACUGGCCCUACCUGGACACCAUGACCCCCAACUGCCUCUAUGGCCUCAACCUGACAUCCCUCUCCAUCACACACUGCAACCUGACGGCUGUGCCCUAUCUGGCGGUGCGUCACCUGGUCUAUCUCCGCUUCCUCAACCUUUCCUACAACCCCAUCGGUACCAUCGAGGGCUCCAUGCUGCAUGAGCUGCUGCGGUUGCAGGAGAUCCAGCUGGUGGGCGGGCAGCUGGCCGUGGUGGAGCCCUACGCCUUCCGUGGGCUCAACUACCUACGCGUGCUCAAUGUCUCUGGCAACCAGCUGACCACCCUGGAGGAGUCAGCUUUCCACUCCGUGGGCAACCUGGAGACGCUCAUCCUGGACUCCAACCCGCUGGCGUGUGACUGCCGGCUGCUGUGGGUGUUUCGGCGCCGCUGGCGGCUCAACUUUAACAGGCAGCAACCCACCUGCGCCACACCCGAGUUCGUCCAGGGCAAAGAGUUCAAGGACUUUCCCGACGUGCUCCUCCCCAACUACUUCACCUGCCGCCGGGCCCACAUCCGGGACCGCAAGGCACAGCAAGUGUUUGUAGACGAGGGCCACACGGUGCAGUUUGUGUGCCGAGCAGAUGGCGACCCUCCACCAGCCAUCCUUUGGCUCUCGCCCCGCAAGCACUUGGUCUCAGCCAAAAGCAAUGGGCGGCUCACAGUCUUCCCUGAUGGCACGCUGGAGGUGCGCUAUGCCCAGGUACAGGACAAUGGCACGUACCUGUGUAUCGCAGCCAAUGCUGGCGGCAACGACUCCAUGCCCGCCCAUCUGCACGUGCGCAGCUACUCACCUGACUGGCCCCAUCAGCCCAACAAGACCUUCGCCUUCAUCUCCAACCAGCCGGGCGAGGGAGAGGCCAACAGCACCCGCGCCACCGUGCCUUUCCCCUUCGACAUCAAGACGCUAAUCAUCGCCACCACCAUGGGCUUCAUCUCCUUCCUGGGCGUUGUUCUGUUCUGCCUGGUGCUGCUGUUUCUCUGGAGCCGGGGUAAAGGCAACACAAAGCACAACAUCGAAAUUGAGUAUGUGCCCCGGAAAUCGGACGCAGGCAUCAGCUCAGCUGAUGCACCCCGCAAGUUCAACAUGAAGAUGAUAUGAGGACGGGGCGGGGUGGGGGCGCAGGGACACCCCCUCGGGGACCACUGGGCAGGGAAGGAGCCUGAAUGCUGCCCACUCACCCCCAGGCCUUUCCACUUCCUCCUGGCUUUCCUCACACACGCUCCACCUCCCGCCAUGUGCCCCUGCUGCCUCGCCAGCCCUCACCGCCUACCCUCCUUCUACCAGGACUUCCGGAAGGUCAGGCCUGAGGAACCCCCACCUGCACAGGGGCCAGAGUUGACAGACAGAAUCCAAAGCCGACAAACCGACACACGGCAGAGUCAAUAAUUCAAUUACAAAAAAAAGUUACAAACUUCCUCUGUAACUUGGGUUUCAAUAAUUAUGGAUUUUUAUGAAAACUUGAAAUAAUAAAAAGAAAAAAAACUAUUUCCUAUAGCUAGUCGGAAUGCAAACUUUUGACGUCCUGAUGGCUCCAGGGCCGCCUCCCAACUCAGUUUCUUGUUUUUCUCUUCCUCCUCCUCUUCCUCCUUUCUCUUCUCUUCCCCUGUGGGGAGGGAUCACUCAGGAAAACAGGGAAGGAGAUUCCAGCCCCACCCUCUGGCCCACUCUGUUAGGCGCCAUUUGGAGCUGUGGGUGGCAGCUUAGCUCCAGGGCCUAGCUCUAGCUGGCUUUUUGCAGGAAGUACGGAAGGGUACAGGACCGCCCAGUGCAGGUGGGGCUUGUCUGCUGGCUGCCAGGCAGCACUACCCAGGGGAGGUGGGGGCCAGACUCGGGUGUGGCUCAAACUGGGAUGGGCUGGGGUCUUCCUGGGGGAACCGCACAGUCAGCGGAAAGAGUCCAGGAGCCAGAGGCAGGCCUGAGCCCUCUACUCUGGUCCCAGCUCUGCUGCUCACUGUUGUAUGACCUCAAGCAGGUCACUGGCCCUCUCUGGGCCUCAGUCUCCACAUCUGUACAAAUGGGAACAUUAUCCCUGCCCUGCCUACCUCACAGGGCUGUUGUGAGGAACUGAUGAGAUGAUGUAUGUGAAACACUUUGUAAUCUGUAAAGCGCUGUGCACACGUGUGUGGGUGACUGCUGUCAUUAUGGUCAUUAUUCUGUCACUGUGGGAUGGGAUCCCCCAUGGGGUCAGGGCUGGGGAGAGGGAAGGGCAGCUCCUGGCCCUCCCACAGCUUCCUCCUAGGACACGGGCUGGGCUGGAGAACAUGGUAGACUCAUCUUCCUCUGGGCGGGAGGUCCCCUAGAAGCCACUUUGGCCUGGACGUGGACAGACAUGGGAGGUGCCAGCUCUCUCCAAGUCUUAUCUGCUGUAUGCUACUUCCUAUGUAGAGUCCUCAGGGUAGGAGGCCCUUCUGGGGCAGCCUGGAGACACCCCAAACU